ACUCUGGGGUCCCAUCCAUAUAUGGCACGUGAUAUAAAUGCAUCCCUUUGGAAUCAGUUGAACAUUUCCUCACGUGAUAUAAAUGCAUCCCUUUGGAAUAAGUAAAACAUUUCCUCUUGCCUAUAAAUAGGACAGAGAGAAUAAAGGGGAUCAUCAGGAGCUAAUAAUUAAUUCGCUCGCAUUCUCUCUCAUCCCUCUCUUUGAAGGACUCUUUCUAUACUCAUCCAAAAUGGCCUUGUCAAGAGCAUCCUUUGCUUUCUCACAAGGCCCAUUCGCUUCAAAAGGAGCUCCUCGAACAGACAAGAUUAAGCAUCUGCAGAAUGCAAAUUCUCUCUCCUCAACGAACAACAGAUGUAGUAUUUCCUCACAUCAGACCUUGGUUUCUACUCCUUUUAAGGAUUAUAUUCACCCAACCGGAAAGAGAAACUUUGCCAUUGAGGAUGAUAUUCGAGGGCGGCACGAGAGGAGUUUAGAAGAAGUGAAGCAAUUAUUCAAGCAAGUAAGAGGAGAUUCGCUCGAAAGUUUGGUAAUGGUGGAAGCUCUCCAACGUCUUGCCAUUGACUACCAUUUUGAGGAUGAGAUUGAGACACUCCUGCAAAGGCAUUUUUUGAUCUCCACCUCUCAGUCUCAUUCUCAUCACAUUGAUGCCGAUAAUCUGUAUGGAACAGCACUUCGUUUUCGGCUCUUGAGGCAAGGAGGCUAUCCUGUUCCUUCAGAUGUGCUUCAACGUUUUCUAUACAAAAUUAAUGAUGGGACUAAGAAAGGAAAGGCACGGGACAAUGACAUUUUAGGGUUGGCAAGUUUAUUCGAAGCUUCCCACCUUGGCACUGAAGGAGAAGAUGUUCUUGAUGAAAUAGGAGAGUCAAUUGGUCAACGCCUCCAUGCAUCUUUGGCCGACCUUGACCAUCUUCAAGCCAGAUUCGUGAGAAAUUCAUUGGGCAAUCCGUUCCACAAGAGCUUGGCCAGGUUCACGGCUAAUGAGUUUUUGACGAAUUCUAUAGGACAUUCUUAUAGCUGGACCAAGAAUUUAGGGGAACUUGCCCAAUUGGACAUGAACAUUGUUAGAUCCGUGCAUCAACGUGAAAUCCUCCAUAUCACCAACUGGUGGAAAGACCUGGGCAUGGCCAAGGAGUUGAAAUACGCGAGGGACCAGCCAUUAAAAUGGUACAUGUGGCCAAUGGCCAUCCUCACCGAUACAGGCUUGUCCCAGGGGAGAGUGCUCAUCACCAAAUCCAUCUCAUUCAUCUACAUCAUUGACGACAUUUUUGAUGUCUAUGGCACAAUAGAUGAUCUCACGUUGUUCACAGAUGUCGUCAACAGAUGGGAAUGUUCUGAAAAGGAUAACAUACCAGAGUACAUGAGGGUGUGCUUUCAUGCUUUGAAUGAUAUUACCAAUGAAGUCAGCUCGGUUGUGUACAAAAAUCAUGGGUGGAACCCAUUAUGCUCCUUAAGGAAAACGUGGGCGAGCCUGCUGAAUGCCUUCUUGGUGGAGGCAAGAUGGUUCGCGAGCGGUCACUCCCCGACAACACAAGACUACUUGGACAACGCGAUUGUCAGCUCCGGAGUGCACGUCUUAUUGGUCCACUUAUUCUUCCUUUUGGGUGAGAAAAUCGACCCCCAAAGUGUCGAUCUUUUAGAAAAAACACCUGAAGUCGUAUCUUCCACUGCUUCUAUUCUUCGUCUAUGGGACGACUUGGGAAGUGCCAAGGACGAGUUCCAAGAUGGCCGAGAUGGGUCUUAUGUGGAAUGUUACAAAGAAGAAUUCCAAGGCGCUUCAGAUGAAGUGGCGAGAGACCAUGUGAAGAAGAUGAUCUCAGAAGCAUGGAAGAGGCUCAACAAGGCAUGUCUCUAUCCUCACCCAUUCACCAAGUCCUUCACCAAGGCCUCCCUCAACACGGCCAGGAUGGUCCCACUGAUGUACAACUACGACGCCAACCAUUCGCUCCCUCUCCUUGAGCACCACAUGAAGUCAUUGCUCUUUGGAGACCAUUCCUUUUAGGGGCAUUGCGUCUUUGUUCACUACUUUAGACACCAUAUGGGGUUGUUGCUUCUUGUUCCCCUAGUGUCGGACUGAUUCUAGCUGCAGCUGAAUCAGCACGAUGUCUGCUCGCAGGAUGGUUUUCUCAAUAAGCAAAUGGAUAGAGGUAUGGCUUUUUCAGUCUCUUCCAUGCCUCUGAGAUCAUGUUCUUCGCAUGGUCUCUUGCGCCGCAUCUUCUGAAGAGCCUUGGAACUCUUGCUUGUAGCAUUUCACAUAAAGAACUUCUUGAGUUUUUACAAAUUCUUCCAUCUAUAUAUGUAUUGAGUCUUUAAGACCACCAUUUACUCGACCAUGAGUAUAGUUCCCGAUUC